AUGGCUGCCUGGGAGCAGAAAUAUCUUGUCCAACAGACCUACAUUAAGUUUUUUAGACGUUUUGUAGACGAUUUGUUUAUCGUCGUUGAUGACAAAUUUAGUUACUCUGAUUUUUCUGAUUAUAUUAAUUCCACAAGUCAGUUUUUAAAGUUUUCUGGGAAGAGUUCAUAUACUAAUAUUGAUUUUUUAGAUGUCAAUGUAUAUGUUGAAGGGGGCAUAGUGAAGACGAAACUAUACAGGAAAUCUUGUUAUCAACCAGCGUACCUGCAUCGUCAGAGUAUGCAUAAUCCGGCUUGUUUUAACAACAUUAUUAAGGGACAAGCCAUUAGAGUGCCUCGUAUAUGCUGUGAUGAUACAGUCUUUAAUCGUGAAAUGGAAUCUUUACAGAAAGGAUUUUUGAGCAGAGGCUACAAGAAAGAAGAAUUUGAGGAAGUGAAUAAUCAAAUGGGUUAUCUUAGAAAGCAUAGGGCCAGACCUUAUUUUAGCUCUGACUCAUCUUCUAUGACACCUAGAUUAGAAACCUCCAGACGCAAUGUGUCUGUUGUGCUUCCAUAUUGUAAUGAAGAGGAAGAGGAGGAUGAUCCUGAGGAUCAGGAUGAGCAGGGAAACUUGAAGGGAUUUAUUAAUGAUGAUGAUGAUGAAGAGGAAGAGGAGGAGGAAGAGGAAGAUGAAGAGGGGGCGAAACGAGGUAGCGAUUCUGAAAACUCUCAAGAUGAAAUUGGACACAAGAAGAGAAAACGCAAUUUUGAUGAUCGACUGGAAGAUGAUGACUUUGAUCUCAUUGAAGAAAACUUGGGUGUUAAAGUCAAAAGAGGAAAAAAGUUUAGUCGUCUGCGGAGAGUGUCUGAUGAUGAAGAUGAGGAAGAAGAGGACUUUGAUAGGAUAGGGGAUGAGAAAGAUGCAAUAGCAGAAGAAAUUUUCCAGGCUGGAGAAGGUGAAGAAGAGGAAGCUGAUGGAGUGGAAGCGCCAGUCAUAGGUGGUGAGGAAGAAGGGGAGGAAGGGGAAGAAGAAGAAUCUGACAUUGACGACUUCAUUGUUGAUGAUGACGGACAGCCUUUGAAAAAGCAUAAGUGGAGGAAAAAGCUCCCUGGAUAUAGUGAUGCUGCUCUUCAGGAGGCUCAGGAGAUUUUCGGGGUUGAAUUUGACUAUGAAGAUUUGGAGAAAUACAGUGAGGAUGAUGAGGAGAUAGAGGAGGCGUAUGAUUAUGAAGAUGAGGAAGUAGAGGGUGAAACAAGAGUACGACCAAAGAAGACUAGACAGAAACGUGUAACACGAACUAUCUUCGAUAUUUUUGAGCCUAGUGAAUUGGAGAGUAGUCAUAUGACUGACCUAGACAAUGAGAUCCGAACUACAGAUAUGCCAGAGAGAUUCCAAGUGCGUGCAACUCCAGUGAAGCCGGCCGAUGAGGAGGAGCUAGAAGAAGAAGCAGACUGGAUUUACAAGAAUGCUUUUGCUACCCCAACUAUAUCCUUGCAGGAGAACACAGAUUAUCUAGACCGCGGAGGAGGAAGUAGUUUUAGUAGAAAAGGACCCAGUACAAUCCAGAAGAUAAGGGAAGCUCUAAACUUUAUGAGGAACCAGCAUUUUGAGGUCCCUUUCAUUGCCUUCUAUAGAAAGGAAUAUGUGGAACCAGAGUUGAGCAUUAAUGAUCUUUGGAAAGUCUGGCAGUGGGAUGAAAAGUGGACUCAGCUGAGGCACCGUAAAUUGAACCUGACUCGUUUGUUCCAGAAGAUGCAGGCAUACCAGUAUGAACAGAUCUCUGCUGAUCCAGAUAAACCUCUUGCUGAUGGAAUCCGACCACUUGAUAUUACAGAUAUGGAGCGGUUAAAAGAGGUACAGUCCAUGGACGAACUAAAAGACGUUUACAACCAUUUCCUGUUAUACUAUGGUCGAGACAUUCCUAAGAUGCAGAAUGCUUCCCGGAGCAGCAAGAAGAAACAGAAGAAGAUUGGGGAAGAGGGUGAAGAUGAUGAAGGUGAUGUUGCUGGUGAAGACGAGCCAAAAGGGGUGGAAUUGAAGCAAGCAUCCCGACGGGAUAUGUAUUCUAUCUGCCAGAGUGCUGGGCUUGAUGGAUUAGCCAAGAAGUUUGGUCUUACACCCGAGCAAUUUGGUGAAAACCUCCGAGAUAGUUAUCAGCGUCAUGAAACAGAACAGUUUCCUGCAGAGCCACUGGAGCUGGCAAAGGAUUAUGUCAAUAGUCAGUUUUCUACACCAGAGAUGGUUUUAGAGGGUGCUCGAUACAUGGUAGCCUUGCAAAUUGCACGGGAGCCACUAGUUCGACAAGUUCUGCGGCAAACUUUUCAAGAGAGAGCUAAGAUUAAUAUCGUACCAACAAAAAAAGGAAAGAAGGACAUCGAUGAAGGUCAUUAUGCCUAUACAUUUAAGUAUCUGAAGAACAAGCCUGUGAAAGAGCUGAGGGAUGAUCAUUUUCUGAAAAUGUGCCUUGCUGAAGAAGAAGGUCUUCUGACUAUUGACAUCUGCAUUGAUAUGAAAGGGAUUGAGGGCUAUGGUAGUGACCAGACAUACUUUGAGGAAAUCAAACAGUUUUAUUACCGUGAUGAAUUUAGCCAUCAGGUGCAGGAAUGGAACAGACAAAGAACAAUGGCUAUUGAGCGUGCCCUCAAGCAGUUCUUGUACCCACAAAUGGCUAAGGAGCUAAAAAACAAGCUGCUUAAUGAAGCCAAGGAGUUUGUUGUAAAGAGCUGCAGUCGCAGGCUGUAUAACUGGCUGAAGGUUGCCCCAUACAGGCCAGAUCAGCAGGUGGAGGAGGAUGAUGACUUCAUGGAGGAAAACCAGGGAAAGGGGAUCCGGGUACUUGGAAUGGCAUACUCUGCAUCCAGGGAUACUCCUGUUUUCUGUUCUUUUGUCAAUGGUGAAGGGGAAGUUGUGGAUUUCCUUAGGCUGCCUUAUUUCACAAAAAGGAGAAAUGCCUGGAGAGAAGAAGACCGAGAGAGAAAGGCUAAAGAUAUUGAAACAUUGAAGAAGUUUCUUCUUACCAAAAAACCUCAUGUUGUGGCCAUUGCAGGAGAAAAUAGAGAUGCAUUGUCAUUGCUUGAUGAUUGCAAACGUGUAGUGCAUGAUCUGGAACAAGAACAUCAGGCUUCUCCAAUUGGAGUGGAACUUAUAGACAAUGAGCUGGCUACCUUUUAUAUGAACAGCAAAAAAUCUGAGGCAGAUUUUAGAGAUUAUCCUCCAUUGCUUCGUCAAGCUGUGUCAAUCGCUCGAAGAAUUCAGGAUCCUCUGAUUGAAUUUGCACAGGUCUGCAGUGGCUCAGAUGAUGACAUCCUGUGUCUUAAACUCCAUCCACUGCAAGAACAUGUUGAAAAAGAAGAAUUGCUGAAUGCACUGCUGUGCGAAUUUAUUAAUCGAGUGAAUGAAGUUGGAGUGGAUGUAACCAAAGCUAUUGGUCACCCCCAUACCCAAGCCCUUGUUCAAUUUGUCUGUGGUUUGGGCCCUCGCAAAGGAGCACAUCUUCUCAAGAUCUUGAAACAGAACAACACACGACUUGAGAGCAGGACUCAGCUAGUUACGAUGUGCCACAUGGGUCCAAAGGUUUUCAUCAAUUGUUCUGGUUUUGUUAAAAUCGACACAAAUUCUCUAGGAGACAGCACUGAUUCUUACAUUGAAGUGUUGGAUGGGUCCAGAGUUCAUCCGGAGACUUACGAGUGGGCACGAAAAAUGGCAGUUGAUGCUUUAGAGUAUGAUGAGUCUGCAGAGGAUGCAAAUCCUGCUGGAGCGCUUGAAGAAAUUCUAGAAAACCCAGAAAGGCUGAAAGACUUGGACCUUGAUGCUUUUGCAGAGGAGCUGGAAAGACAGGGCUACGGUGACAAGCAUAUUACCCUGUAUGAUAUCCGUGCAGAGCUAAGCUGCAGGUACAAGGAUCUGAGAACCCCGUUCCGAUCUCCUAAUGCAGAAGAAAUGUUCAACAUGCUGACUAAAGAAACACCAGAAACUUUUUAUAUAGGGAAGCUGAUUUCUUGCAUUGUAACAGGAAUUGCACAUAGACGACCUCAGGGAGAGAGUUAUGAUCAGGCUAUCAGGAAUGAUGAUACGGGACUCUGGCAAUGCCCUUUCUGUCAGCAGGACAACUUCCCAGAGCUGAGCGAGGUAUGGAAUCACUUUGAUAGCGGCUCGUGUCCUGGUCAGGCUAUAGGUGUGAAAACUCGAUUGGAUAAUGGUGUCAGUGGCUUUGUACCAACUAAAUUUCUUAGUGAUAAAGUAGUAAAGCGCCCAGAAGAAAGAGUAAAGGUUGGAAUGACUGUUCAUUGCAGGAUUAUGAAAAUUGACAUUGAGAAGUUCAGUGUAGAUACGACUUGUAGAACAUCAGACUUAGUGGACAAAAACAAUGAAUGGAGGCUACCUAAAGACUCAUUUUAUGACUUUGAAUCUGAAGAAAAAGAUUGGAAACUGGAGGAAGAAACAAAAAAGAAGAUGCAGCGAACAACUUAUAUCAAGAGAGUGAUAGCCCAUCCAGCAUUCCACAACAUAAACUUUAAACAAGCUGAAAAAAUGAUGGAGACCUUGGAGGUAGGAGAAGUGAUUAUUCGUCCCAGUAGUAAAGGAGAGAACCACCUGACUGUAACCUGGAAAGUAUCUGAGGGUAUUUAUCAACAUAUUGAUGUCCGGGAAGAAGGCAAGGAGAAUGCGUUUAGCUUAGGCGCAACUCUUUGGAUUGGCACUGAGGAAUUUGAAGAUCUAGAUGAAAUUAUUGCUCGCUAUGUGCAACCAAUGGCAUCAUUUGCAAGAGACCUUCUUAGUCACAAAUAUUACCAAGAGUCUUGUGCAGGAGAGAAAAAGAAAAUGGAAGAGUUACUAAUAAAAGCUAAAAAAGAAAAACCCACCUUUAUCCCUUAUUUCAUCUCUGCAUGUAAAGAUCUGCCUGGCAAGUUCUUACUAGGAUACCAGCCUCGAAACAAGCCAAGGAUAGAGUAUAUUUCUGUGUCUCCAGAAGGAUUUAGGUACAGGGGUCAGACUUUCCCGACUAUAAACGGACUUUUUCGCUGGUUCAAGGACCACUACCAGGAUCCAGUACCAGGUAUCACCCCCAGCAGCGGUAGCAGUCGGACUAGAACACCAGCCUCUCUCAAUACUACACCUGCCAACCUUAAUUUGGCUGAUUUGACACGAGCUGUUAAUGCACUACCUCAGAAUAUGACGUCGCAAAUGUUUAAUGCCAUUGCAGCAGUGACUGGCCAGGGACAGAAUGCAAAUACCACUCCAGCACAGUGGGCAUCCAGUCAGUAUGGCUACAGUGGAGGAGGAGGAGGAGGAGGCGGUGGCAGUGCCUACCACGUCUUUGCUACCCCAGCUCAGCAGCCAGUAGCUACUCCUUUGAUGACUCCAAGUUUUUCCUUCACAACCCCAAGUCAGCCAAUAACAACCCCACAGUAUCAUCCUCACUCAAGUGUUACACCACAGUCAUCUCAAGGAGCUCCAACACCUACUUCUACUUCCAGACAAAGGCAGCAACCAAAGUCAGCUAUGCACACAGCAAUCGACUGGGGCAAAAUGGCAGAACAGUGGUUACAGGAAAAGGAGGCCGAAAGACGAAAGCAAAAACAGAGACUAACACCAAGGGCUUCUCCCAGCCCUAUGAUAGAAAGUACACCAAUGUCUAUUGCUGGAGAUGCCACUCCACUUCUGGAUGAAAUGGAUCGGUAGACCAGAAAUUAAAAUGGCAGUGUCUAGCCCCCUUAUCUUAGACUUUGAAGACUUGAACUCAGUAUUGAAUUAUGUACAGAGGAAAAAGAAACUACCUUUUAAUGGGACAGUCUUUUUUAAGCUACAUACCUUCUGUUUCAUUUUGUACAGUAGCUUGAACUGCCUUUCAUCUUGACACCAUAAUUUGUUAAGACACUUUAAGCAAGCAGCAUGGAGGUCUCUGCCCUGGUAUGGGGUGGCUUUAGAAAUACUUUGUUUUCCCCUUUUGGAAGCCCUGGCAUCAUCUGUGGAAUUUUUAAUGUAAAAACAUACUCAUUUUCUGGCUUUAUUUGGUUACUUCAUUUUUUAUUUAUGUGCAUUCUCUUACAUUAAAGAAGCACUGCUUUCAGAAAUACAUCUGAAUAAGAAUAGUGUGCUCCAGGUUUUGGUGAUGCACAGCACUUUGGUGUCCUUUUGCAGUUUUUCUUCUGUGUGUUAUCUACAGUAAUUCGUGCUAGCCAAAAAAAUGGGGACAAACAGUCCUCCUUUGAAGAGCCAUAUAAACUGCAUGAACUAAGUUAUCCUAAAUUAAUUAACUUUAAAUGUUUCAUGUUGAGCAGACAAUGAGCGAUAGUCAUAUACCCGUUACCAGCAAAUUGACUGGAUUUCAUACGACUUGUAUUUAAAGAACAUGUUGAUAGCAGAUAGACUGCAAUACAUAUAUUCAGAUUUGAAUUUUUAUAUGUUUUAUGAAAUUGUGUGAAAUGAGAAUUAUAACAUUUCUAGAGUUUGCCAGUUGCUCCCAGCUCCUAAUCAACUAUAAUGUCAGACUUUUUUUUUUUUGGCUAAGUGCUUUGAGACUUUAAAGACACACAAGUAGUAAUGUUGCAGACCUUUUGGUACAGUAACAAUGUUGUAGUAAACACUGAAAAAUCAAUAUCUAUGUUUGAGUUAAAAUCCUCUGCUGUCAUUUGUUCCACCUCAGUAUGAUGAAGAAAUGGAUUUCGAUUUGAGUAUUCUGUUGCUCUGCCAUGUGCGUUAGGGCAGGCUAAUCCCAGUCAUAGUUUCUGUUUCACUCCACCCUUGCAGCUGUCUGUUGUCGCUGAAGGCAGUGCACAUACCUUACCCAUACCAUAGAAGGGUUUGGAGACACUAGUUAUUGGAACUUCCGCAUCCAUACAUAUGAUCUGAUACUUUGUCAUGUUGUCUCUGCUCUUCUGGCAUAGUAUCAUUAAGGAAGUUAAGAAAUAUCUGCUGUAGAGUAAAAAUGCAUCAUCAUGCUAAGGAACAUUGCCAGUCUGUGGUCCCAGGUAAAAGUUUGAAUGGGUUAAGAUAUCUGCUCAUGAUGAAAGUUAUAACUCAUAGCCAAACAAGAGUGAACACCUGCUCUAGCACCCAGGUCUAGGUUAAAGAAUCGCUGGCAUUGCUUGUAAUACAAACCUUGCUUUGCUGAGAGGUUAAUGGAUAAUUGUUCCUUUGUUACAAACAUUCUGGUACAUUGUCACAGUCCCUUCUCUUUAGGUUUGUGCCAGCCUGAAUUUUGGGGGAUUUUGAAAUAUAGUCCGUUGAGAGAAUUAAAGCUCUGCUAUUUAGAAAAAAAAAUCAACAGAUGCUGAAGUUCAGAUCCUUAAAGGUGGAUGCUUGUGGUGAUCUUGCAAUAUUUCUCAUAAUGUUAUUCUACAAAACAAGAGCAGAAGGUUUGUGUAUCUGACAGUACCCCAAACAUGACUGUUUUUAGGGUAGUUUUUAUUUAUUUUUAAUUUAAAUAAAAAAAUACAAAUGUAUUUCCUAAA